ACCCCGUUCUCUUCCCACUUUAACUUUUCCUCUCCUUUACGCAAUGCUACACUUAUGCAUUCAUAUACUGUACGGCAUAUAACUAAACAACCAUCUCUCUAUUUAGUCCUUUCUCACUCCCGAAGCCAUGAAACCUUCAUUGGGCAAAUCCGACCUGUGCUCUGCUCUGAAGUCAUUGCCCAACAAACUUGAAGGCAUGCUCUGUUGUUGUAAUUCACCAAACAAGUAUAUGAGAUUAGACAGUAAGCUUGAAAGGAAAAUUAUUGAGGUAAAGAAAAGUGCUUCUGGACAUAGCAAUUUCAGAUCAGUCAAUAGCAUAAUCUUGAGGUUCCCCCAGUUCAAAGAGCAAUUGAAAGAGAUUAGAGGUGUUUUUGAACAGUAUGAUGAAGAUUCUAAUGGAAUUAUUGACCAUGAGGAACUCAACAAAUGCUUAAAGAAAUUGCAAGUUCAGCUUACACAAAAGGAAAUUGAUGAUCUUUUCUUUUCCUGUGACAUGGAUGGGAGCGCUGGGAUACAGUUUAAUGAGUUUAUUGUUCUUCUUUGUCUUGUUUAUAUCCUAGUGGAUACUUCAACGACUUCCCACUCUACAUCAAAGAUGGGUUCACCGCAGCUUGAAGCCACUUUUGAUGCUAUCAUUGAAGCAUUCUUGUUUCUCGAUAAAAAUGGUGAUGGAAAGCUGAACAAGAAAGACAUGAUGAAGGCAUUGAACGAGGCUUCUCCUCGGGAGAAAUCCCCUGCACAUAUCACAAGAAAAGAAAUGGACUGGGACAGGAACGGAAAGGUCAGCUUCAGGGAAUUCCUCUUUGCUUUGAUUGAUUGGGUCGGGGUUGAUACAGAUGAUGAAAUUCCUGUGGAAGGACAUUAAGCAGAGCACAGAGAGCUAAGGAAGGAAAACAUCUGAGUUGAGGUCAGAUUGAUACAGUUGUAUGUAUAUCCAGCAGUUUAUUUUUAAGAGUUGGCAUUGUGUCAUGUUUAUAAUGUUGAUGAUAUAUGUCAUAUUUAGCAACUUGAUUUGUUAAUGUUAAGUUAUUUUUACCACUUUGUUCUUCUUCCAUAUAUACUACUGAAACUUCUGUUCAUGGACUUGAAAAUAUGGAUACACCCAUAACUUUACUAAUCGCUAGAAAGAUACAUCACAAGGCAUACUUCUCUCUUGCUAAUUACUCCAAGAACCUAAACAGUUUACAGACUCCCAAGAAGGAAACAGAAAAAACUAAGGACUAUCUAAUAUAAGAAGCAACCUUGGGUCAUUUGAAGAAGUCCAGUGUACAUUAGCUACCUAUAGGCCAUUGUCAUUUUACAUUGGUGAGUUUCAUUGUAUUCCUAGAGCUUGAAUUCUCUUUAUCACUGACAAAGAAGAAGCAUUUCUUUGUUUCCAAUCUUCUCUCCUCUCCUUCUUUUGUCCUUCUUCCAUGAAGCAUCUGUCAUAACCGUCGAGUAUGCUGACAAUCUGCCUCAUGCUUGGUCGUAAUUCUGAGUUGGUGCGUAUGCAUGCCAUUCCUACUUUCAUUAGCCUCACCAUUUCAUUGUGAUCAUACUCUCCAUCCAACCUCCAAUCUACCAAUUCCUUGUAAGGCCUUUUUCGUGCUUCGAAUUCAUGGACUCUCUUCACCAAAAGCACCUCAGGCCGCCGAAAAUCAACAGCCAUCUGUCCACUGACCACCUCUAGCACCACUACACCAAAGC